AAUCAGUACAUUGGUAAAUGAACUACUACGUGGCUGUGCUUGCAAGAAUUGUAAUUAUUUAUUAAUUGUAAAAACAAACCUAAAUAAAAAUCCAAUGUACUGUAAAAUAAGUAUUGCCUUAGAAUUUCGUUAAAGUGCCAAUUAACAACAUCUCUCAAACAAGUGCUAAGCGUAUUGCAUAAGGAAUAUCUAACAAACGCAAGCAAGACACUUUUGACAGACAAAUACUUUGCUCACAAUGGCUGAUGAUCCGGCAAAUCAAAAACAAUUUGCCGAGGAUGUUGCAGCACUUGCUGCUGCCGGUUCAGGUGACCACCUUGGCGAUAUCGGUGGUGAUUAUAAAAUGCCCAGUGUUGAUGAGGUUUGGAAGUUGAUCGAACAAAUGGAGGGUAUUAGCGAUGAGGAAAAGGCGAAUUUGAAGGAGAAUCUUUAUAAUCCACAAGAGGGCACAGCUGAAGAUUUUAUGCGACGCUAUGCACAACCGGGUCCGGUGCACUCUUCCUGGGACUAUACGAUUUUCUUUGCAAUGAUUGCGGUUAUCGUGCUCGUAUUUGCGCUCUUCGGCUACAAAUUGUACAAGUCGUUAAUGGAGAAGGAACUGAAGAGGCAGGAGAAACAAAAAACUAAACAAGCCAAAAAAUCAAAAAAGACAAAUUAAAGUAGACGAUUUUAGAUAAUACAUAUAUACAAUAUAUAUACAAAUGAAAUUGCGAAUUAAACAUUUGAAACUGGAA